AAAAGAGCCAGAAGCUUCAAUGUUGGAUGCCGUGCUAUGACAACGUCACUGCUCCUCCGUCCUCGCUGGGUCGACCCGUCGGUGAUGUUCCUCUACGACAACGGCGGCGGUUCCGAUGAAGUGACCAAGAACAUGGAGGGUUUUGCUGGUGGCAACUUUGCUGCGAACCAGUGUCGGAAUCUGAUGGCGCACCCCGCGUCCCUGGCACCCAGCACAGCUUACUCGUCCAGCGACGUGCCCACCUCCGGUAUGGGCGAGCCAGUGAAACAGUGCAGCCCCUGCUCUGCGGCUCAGAAUUCCUCCAGCGCGUCCCUGCCAUAUGGGUACUUCGGCAGCGGCUACUACCCGUGCAGAAUGUCGCAUCACAGCAGCAUAAAGUCUUGCGGAGCGCAGCCCCCCUCCGCGUAUGGAGAGAAAUACAUGGACACGUCCGCCUCGGGCGAUGACUUCACCUCUCGGGCCAAGGAGUUCGCUUUUUAUCCGACCUAUCCUUCAGGUCCAUACCAACCUGUCCCCAGUUACCUGGACGUCCCCGUGGUGCCAACUAUUAGCGCGCCGUCAGAGGCCAGACACGAGUCUCUGCUGCCUAUGGAGAGCUACCAACCGUGGACUCUGGCCGCCAACGGCUGGAACAGCCAGGUUUACUGCGCCAAGGAGCAGCCUCAGCCCGGACACAUGUGGAAGCCCUCCAUAGACGCAGUGUCCCACGCCGGAGGUGAGUCUGGCUCUUACCGACGUGGAAGAAAGAAGCGCGUGCCAUACACCAAGGUGCAACUGAAGGAACUCGAGCGCGAGUAUGCCGCCAAUAAAUUUAUCACAAAGGACAAAAGGAGGAGGAUAUCUGCCCAGACCAACCUGUCCGAGAGGCAGGUCACGAUAUGGUUUCAAAACAGACGCGUAAAAGAGAAGAAAGUUGUCAACAAAUUGAAAACCAUCAGCUAGUUUUUUUCUUAUUUUUUUUUUUUUUUUACUACGGACAAGAGCUUGUGGGAGAUAAACACGCCUGCUUGGCCUACAAACACACACACUUACAAACACUUAAACACACGUUUUUGACUCAUGGAUUGGAAACUCCUUUCUGACUGAAUAUGAUUUAUUUGUAUGUUCCCAAAUGGAGCUUCUGGAUCAAUUUUUAUUUUUAUUUUUUUUAUUUUUUAUUUUUUUUGAGGCCUUGAAUGGUGGACCUGCCAUUUGUUGUUAAAUAUUGUUUAAGGAGGCAAGUUGGGGAAAAAAGAAAAUAUAUAGCUGCAGUAUUUGUGACUUUUUUUUUUUUUUUUGGCAUGCUCACUCUCAAGAAAACUGACCCCAGUUCAGAAAGGUGUGCGCCACCGAGCUACGCCUUUAUCUGCAACUUUAACGAGAGUGAUAAUAAAAUUUAAAAAAAAAAAAAAAACGCGAAGAUUCACAGGAAGUGACAGUGUGACGGAUUUAGACCUUGAGAAUGUUAAAUAUUAAUCUCUCCUGGCUUCCUUUGUUUAAAACCUUACUCACAUGCUUAGCUUGUAUGAAGUUUUAGUCUUAUCAUAUGAACCCGUGCUCUCUCAUUCAUAUCCAAUCCAUGGUGCAAUUCUUAUUAUAAUGCUUAGAUAAUCGUUCGGGAUAUGUGUUCAUAUCAAUCAUAGCUUUUUAUAAUGUGUGCGUAUUCAUGUGGUUGUACAUAAAGUAAAUUCCGGCAUGAUAUCCAGGUUAUUUGUGUGUGAGUCCCAGUAUGUCGGUGUUGAAGUCCGUCCCAAUAAAAUAUGGACUUGGUUGAAUUU